AGACUUGUUCAUUGUGACGCAGGAAAAAUUCAAAAGCACCAAAUCACAGAAAAGGGUCAACAUUAAAGGAAAUAAAUGGCUUUCACAAAUUCAGAUCGCAACGCUUUAGAUGAUGAUGAUAAAAACCGCACUGUUUUACUUGGAAUCAACAAUACAACCUCUGGAAUAAAUACAACUUUCCCCGAGUACGAUCCGGAGCAACAAACAGAGAAAUUGCCACUAAACAGUUCUUUAUUGUCCGUUUGUAUCCUUGUAGCAGCCUUGGGCAUCACUGGGAAUAUCGUAACAAUGGUUAAAAUCGUGUACGAUUCCAAAUUACACACACCAACGUUUGCUGCAAUCGGGCACCUCGCGUUUGUAAACUUCUUGGCACUUAUUGUUCUCACCGUUCAUUUAAUUCUGGUCGUGUGGGUAAUCAAAAUCAAAAACUUGUGGACACAGUUGACCGUCGUGUUUAUAAGCGAUACAUUAUACUUAAGCUCUGCCUGUCACGUGUUGUUACUGUUGUCCGUGAGAUAUUUGAUCACAGUCCAUCCUUUACAGAGCAGACGACGUUUAACGGUAAAAGCAGUGUCUUUGUGCUCUAUGACAGUGUGGCCUGUAAGCGUCCUGUUCGGAGCCAUCAAAUCAUAUUUUUUCUAUGUCCAUAAACAAACCGGAAGCCAUUUCAUGAUGCUUAUCAAUAGCAUCACCUAUAUUAUCUUUUUGCUUUUAGUUUGUUUUAUUACAUUUGCUUUGCAUGUUUGGAAAAUCAGAGCUAUACAAACAUCUCGCUCUGCUACAAAACGAAUACAAACGAGAAUGAAUCUUGUUGUAACAGCAAUUAUAACCGUUUUUGCGAUGUUUCAGAUUUUUGCUAUUGCAAAAUCCCUUUACAUUUACAAAGGUUAUUGCUCUAAAUCUAAAUAUGUUGGAGUGUAUACCUUUUUUCACUUAAGUAUGAUUCUGUCUGGAUAUUUGACGUUUUCUCUAAAUCCGUACAUAUUCUUUUUUCUGUCAUUUUUUCGGUCUUGUACAAUGAAGAAGAAAUUAAGUGCCCCGGAGUCAACGGAAAUUCCAACAUUAGAUAUGCGUAGCCCUAUAAGGUUAAUCAAAAUGGUAAACCAUUUUUCUGAAACCAACCGUAAACAAUAUGUAUGUAAAUGAUCAGAAUUGAACAAAUGAUUUUAUACCUGUAGUACACAAGUGUCGAUAUUUUAAAGACUUAGUGCUUUUAUGUAUACUUUCUUGAAUGAAAUCAAUGGAUCAUGAAAUGUUUAUUUUUUUCGAUCUCAAAUUUUAUUAUUUAGUAAUGUUGUAGUUUUACUGUU